AAUCAAAUCACACAAACCUAAACCUCAAUGGCUUCUUUCAAACUUCUCUAUGUCACUUUCACACUACUUACUCUACUCUCAUCCUCCACUUUCUGCUUAGGCUACCCUGGCUUCAACUUUGGGCGGGGUCGCGGUGGUCGUGGCGUCGGUGGUGUUAGCCGCCCUAUUGGCGGUCAAAGGUUUUCUGGACUCUCCCCGCGAUUUUACAGUCAGUCUUGCCCUCAAGCUAACGACAUUGUCAUAUCGGUCCUUAAAACCGCAAUCUCUAAGGACCCGAGAAUGGCUGCUUCUUUGAUCAGGCUUCAUUUUCAUGACUGUUUUGUUCAGGGAUGUGAUGCAUCUGUGCUGUUGGAUGAUCAUCCAACAUUUACUAGCGAAAAGAAAUCGGUCCCAAACAAGAAUUCUAUUCGCGGGUUUGAAGUGAUUGAUGAGAUCAAAGCUAAACUCGAACAAGCUUGUCCCCAGACAGUUUCUUGUGCGGACAUUCUUGCCCUUGCCGCUCGAGGCUCCACUGUUCUAAGUGGUGGACCGAAUUGGGAAUUACCAUUAGGUAGACGCGACUCGAGAAAAGCCAGUCUUAACGGAUCAAACAAAAACAUUCCUCCACCGAAUUCAACGAUUCAAAAUCUUGUAACAUCUUUUCGACGUCAAGGCCUUAACGAAGUUGAUCUAGUCUCACUUUCUGGAGCUCAUACAUUAGGGAUGGCGAGAUGCACGACGUUUAAGCAACGACUAUACAAUCAAAACGGAAACAACCAACCCGAUUCAACUCUAGAAAGAAGCUACUACCAUGACUUGAAAGGCGUAUGCCCUAAAACCGGCGGUGACAACAACAUUUCACCGCUAGAUCUUGCAUCACCCAUAACAUUCGACAACAUGUAUUUCAAGCUCAUCAUGUCUGGAAAAGGUCUUCUUACUUCAGACCAAGUGCUUUUGUCUGGAAAACUUGGAAAAACUAUGCAGUUAGUGAAGGCUUUUGCUGAUGAUCACACUCUUUUCUUUAACCAUUUCGCGCGAUCCAUGGUUAGAAUGGGUAAUAUCCGUCUGGUUACCGGUAACAAGGGUGAAGUAAGGAAGAACUGCAGAAGGAUUAAUUAGUGUGAUAUCUAGAUCUUGUGUAUGUUUAUGUUUAUUAUUAAGAACCUAAUGGGCUGUUAUUGAACUAGUAUGUAAUCUGUUAACUUGUUGAAAUAUGAAUGAUUUUAUGAUAUAUCGAG